AUGCUGAACGCCUUCGGUACAGCAUUGAGGCCGUGCAGUGAUGAUGAGGAGCGUGGAGUCUGCUGCAAAACCAUCCUGGGCCUGAAGCUGGCUCUGAAGCGCUUCCCCGAAGCCCGGUGGAUUGUGAGAGCAGUCGAUGACACCGUGGUCUUUCCACAGCAAUUGGAAGCCGAGUUGCAGGUCUUCGACGCCCGACGGUUCGUGUACGUCGGUGCCCCAUCGAUCACGCUCCUGUGCCAUAUGGCAAAGUUUGCCAAGCAGUGCGGGGAGCUUCAUGCAGGUGGAGGAGGUGGCAUUGCGCUGAGCCGACCCCUGGCCGAGUUUCUCCUGAACCUGGAGGACUUGUUUCUCAACCUUUGCAGGCAUGACGAUGCUUUUCUGGGUCACUUGCUCCGCUACGUUCUGGACGUUCAUGUUAUGGCCCUGCCCGGGAUCCUGCAGGAGCCUCGCUUUGAGCAGCUGCGCUGGUCUGGACCAGGGCUACCACCUCGAUGCCCGUUGCCGCUGCCCCCUUCAGUCUACUCUCCAAUGGAGGAUUGGGGGCCCCUGCAACCAUUCGCCCCAACGGAUGCGGUGCGGUUGGGUCUCGUCCAUGCGGAUCCUGCAACAUGGCCGCUCUUAGCGGCGCUUCCGCAGCUGGUGGAGACCGCAUCGAAGCAGGGCCUGCGCCUGCUGGUCUACGCUGACUCGCAGGGACAUCGUAUAGUUUAUCCCCAUUUUCGUGGAGCCACGACCCUUGCCGUGUGUUCCUAUGAGCAUGCGGAGAGGCUGCUGUCUUUUCAGGCAUCUGUGGCAACUCAUGCUUCCUGA